UGGGGUGGAUUUAGUGGACCGUGGAGGCUUGGUGGUGGCUCAGCACAGAGCCAGUUGAGUGUCUCUCUCCCAGGCAUCCAUGUCCAGGACUUUGGCACAGAGCUCACCAGGAAUAUCUGUCAGCCUAUACAGAAGCGAAGCAUGCUGUUUUCUGCCAACAGCAAGGGCAGCAUGUUCCUUUGGUAUCGCAGCGAGGAGAUAACAUAUCAGAAAAUCUUUCUUCUCCCCACAAGCCAGUCCAAAAAUUGCUGAAUCAAAGGGAGAUACUGAAUGUGACCUUGAAGUGAUGACUCAGGCUGCCUGUGCACAGUGCUAGCUGGGUUAUUAACCCCUGGAAUCAGGAGACAUGGAAGAAACGGUGGUGGAAGAAGAAAACAGCACCUCCUGCGAUGUUUGCCUGCUGGAAGCUGAGUAGAAUGGAAAAUGUCACAUGUGGUCCUGUCCUUAAAUUCCCUCAAAAACUCAUGGGAGGUGGGGAAAGCAAAGGUGUAUUGCUCAGGGGGCUUUUAAAUUCCCUGCAAGCAAGAGCAAGCUGCCUCUGUCUCAGGGAUAUGAUAGCUCCUGCAGAUGCAACUCUUUGAAGAAAGUAUGUUUUAGCAGCUGGUGGAUUAAUGCAUGAUGCAACCAAACUGGGGCUCUGAGGGAAAACAGACAGAAAAGGCAAACGUUUAAAAGCUGAGAAGCCUGACUCAUGGGAUUGUAACAGCAAUAAUUAUCAAGCUGGACCUUUCAGCUUCAAGCAGAUUUCAAGCAAGGAGAUGUUUCUCUAACCCCUGGGACUGGAAAGGGACCUUAGUUACAAGCAGAAUUGGAUGAACUGAAGCCUCACAGCAUCCAGAAUAUAUAGAGAGAACCCCUAAUAAGCUGCACUGCAAGGGCCCCCUGCCAUGUGUGGAAAGAGGCAAAAGUGCUCCUUCUCCCGCCUGGAGGUGGUCCUCAUCGUUCUGCUGUCGCUGAUGAUAGCAGUGACCGUGGCACUCCUCGUCCUCCACUUUCUCACCCAAGAGAACAGCUCCAGCAAUGAUUAUGACGACCCACCACCAACCCAGAAACCAUCAAAUGGUGUCUCAGGAGACUACUUACUGGGUGCAGGUCGAGCAGAUUGCACAGGGCCAGUAGCAGAAAUUCCUCUGAUGGGUUACGCCAAUCCUGACCAGGUGGGCGGUGGGCUCCUCACACGCCUCUACAGCCGAGCCUUCAUCGUGGCUGAGCCUGACAGCUCCAAGCGAGUAGUAUUUGUUAGCAUCGACAUAGGAAUGGUGUCUCAGCGACUGAGGCUGGAGGUGCUCAAGGAACUGAAGAGCAAGUAUGGCGAGCUCUACCGACAGGACAACGUCAUCCUCAGCGGCACCCACACGCACUCAGGUCCUGGUGGCUACUUCCAGUACACGCUUUUCUGGAUCACUAGCAAAGGACUGAUCAAACCGUCCCUCAAUGCUAUUGUGAAGGGCAUUGUAAAGAGCAUUGAUAUAGCACAUCAGAACCUGAAAAGAGGAAGGCUUUUCAUAAACAGGGGCACUGUAGAAAACAGUCAGAUCAACCGAAGCCCGUACUCAUAUCUCCAGAAUCCAGCAUCUGAAAAAAGCAGGUAUUCAUCCAACACGGAUAAAGAAAUGGUGAUGCUGAAGAUGGUAGAUGAGAAUGGACAUGACCUGGGCCUCAUCAGCUGGUUUGCCGUGCACCCCGUCAGCAUGAACAACACAAACCAUCUUGUGAACAGUGACAACGUGGGCUACGCGUCUCUCUUGUUUGAGCAGGAGAAAAACAAGGGCAUGCUUCCUGGAGAGGGAUCUUUUGUUGCUGCCUUUGCAUCUUCCAACUUGGGAGACGUGUCACCCAACACCAAAGGCCCGUUCUGCGUAAACACAGGGGAAUCGUGUGACAACCCACAGAGCACAUGUCCUGUGGGGGGGGCAGCGAUGUGCAUGGCCAUGGGUCCUGGUACUGAUAUGUUCGACAGUACAAGAAUUAUAGGGCAAAAUAUCUACUCAAAAGCAAAGGAGCUGUAUGCCAAUGCUUCCCAGGAGAUCACAGGACCCCUCAGCUCAGCUCACCAAUGGGUGAACAUGAGUGACGUCCAGGUGGAGCUAAAUGCCACGCACACGGUCAAAACAUGUAAACCAGCCUUGGGAUACAGCUUUGCUGCAGGGACUAUUGAUGGAGUGGGGGCUUUCAACUUCACGCAAGGCUCGGUAGAAGGGGACCCAUUUUGGGAUCAAAUCCGUGACCAGCUCCUGGGAGAGCCAUCCAAUGAAACGAAAGCUUGCCACGAACCCAAGCCGGUUCUCUUUAGCACUGGAGAGAUGACGUGGCCUCAUCCAUGGCACCCUGAUAUUGUGGAUGUUCAGAUCGCUACCAUCGGAUCAUUGGCAAUUGUUGCGGUUCCCGGAGAGUUUACGACCAUGUCUGGACGCAGACUACGGGAAGCUGUUAAACGUGAAUUUGAUUCUCAUGGUACAGCAGGAAUGGAUGUCGUAAUUGCAGGGCUGUGCAAUGUCUACACCCAUUACAUUACCACCUAUGAGGAAUACCAGGUUCAACGAUAUGAGGCAGCAUCAACUAUUUAUGGGCCACACACCCUUUCUGCCUACCUUCAGCUGUACAGAGGACUUGCAAGGGCUAUUGCUACGAACACAGUUCAGGAUUUGCCAAGUGGCCCAGAGCCCCCAUUUUUCAAUAUGACUAGCCUGACCUUGGUGCCUAGCAUCAAUCCCGAUAGGACACCGGUGGAUAAGACAUUUGGGGACGUGCUUCAAGAAGUGAGACAACAGUAUCGAGUGGGAGAAGUUGCUGAAGUAACUUUUGUAAGUGCCAACCCUAGGAAUUCUGCAGAGAACAUGACCGAACACAACUUCCUGACGGUGGAGACAUACGUCAAUGUUUCAGGAAAAUGGCAGGUGGUACGGAACGAUGCCUCCUGGGACACCAGGUUUUACUGGACCAAGGGAUCAUCAGGUCAGAGCAAUGCGACGAUUGAAUGGCACAUCCCUAGUGGCACAGAGCCUGGCAUCUACAGGAUACGAUACUUUGGGCACUACAAGAAAAUACUCAAGCCUGUUAAUCCAUUUGAAGGCAUAUCCUCAACGUUUGAAAUCACAAGUCUGUAGGUGAUCUUGUUCAUUAAAGGAAUUGUUUCCUUUGAACAGUAGAUUUGAUAUCAGUGAUGUUCCAAUGGACACUGGGGAGUUUUCUUGUGGAAUAUGUGACUCAUACAUCAUUGCUGUCCCUCAUGUGCUGCUCGUUGUCCUUUGCUGUGCAAAGCUUGGCUUCUGCAAAAUUUUGACUUUUACCUGCAAUUCAACCUUACUAGUUCAAUAUAUUUUCAUUCAAGCUUUUCUGGUCCUGGUUGGAUCUCAUUAUAGUUGAUUCUUAUUAUAAUAAAAAGUUAACUGUUUUUCUUUA